AGCUCGACUGGCUCGACCGACUCACUUCACUUCCCUUCUGCUGCUUUACGUCGUCACGUAAUAUGACGGCCAUGCGUGCGGUAGGUAUUCUACUGCUUCUUCUCCGUGCAGGUGCGGAGACUGGGGAGACUGGUGAGACCGAUGGCUGUGCUAUGACGCAGCUGCGCGGUGCCGUGGAGAGCAACGAGGCUGGGUCUGAGAUCCAAACCGAGUCGUGCUUUCACCCCUGCACCCGGAAGGAAGCUGAAAAGUUUUGCCGGCGAAACCACAACUUGAUGAGCAAUUGCAACGGCUGCAUGGUGAAGUGUGGUGCGACGACGGGAGGUCUGAGCUCCUUCAGCAGUGGCGGAGGCUCCUCUUCCACCAGCGGCAGCAUCACCAUCACGGGCGGUGGAAGCAGUGGAACGAUGUGCAACGAUCUCGGGAAGUUGCCGACCUACUGCAAGGCCAAUCCUGGCAAGUCCUACCAGCAGGGCCAGUGCUCCUUCAAGUGCAGUGCCGCUGGAGUGGCCACGAACAUCAAGAACGGUGGAAUCUCCAUCGGUUCCCUCGGCUUGAACCAAGAAGCUGCGGAGUCAAAGGGCGCAUUUGCAGAAGUGGCAGGGUCUCAGGGCUCAUUUGCAGAUGCGGCGACGCGUCCGAAGAAGAAGAAAGCGAAGAGCCUCAAGAAGAACAGGCUCAGCAACCCAUGCGAUGACUUGUCGAAGCUUGGAGAAUGGGAGAAGGGCGUAUAUUACAAGAACCAUGUGUUUUGGGGGGGAAGGCCAUUGAAAGACACCAAAAGAAUGGAAUUUCCUGGUCUCGUUCGAUGUGACCCGCUUCUCCUUCGCCCCAUGGAACGACGAGACCCGUUUCCGUCGAUGCAGCUGAGGAACGGCCCCAACAGCUUCUGCAAGCGAAAUCCCGGCC